AUGCAGCAUGUGUCAGCGUACGGGUAUCCCACUCCGCCAGGUUCACCAGCGUUCGACCAGCAAUGCGCCAUCGCAAGCCAACAUAUCUCGGUCCACCAGCCGUGCCAGCAACGUUUUGCUCCGGUGGCCCCGGAGGAGAGACUAGGAAGGUUCCUUACGAGCUCCCUGCAGCUGACUGGAAUCCUGGGAACCGGCGCCUAUGGAGUGGUAUACUCGGCCGUCGACAUCAAGAACCAUGUCCGGUAUGCCGUCAAAUGCCUGAGCAAGUUUAACGCGGAUGGCUCGCCGCUGGACCGACGCCAGGUCGCCUUCCAGAACCAAGAAAUACGUUUACAUUACAUCGCCUCGGCCCACCCAAACGUGGUAUCGAUGCUCAAGAUUAUCGACAACCCCGACUGCAUUUACGUUAUCCUGGAGUAUGCCCCCGAGGGUGAUCUGUUUUUCAACAUUACUGAGUGUGGGCAGUACGUGGGUAAGGAUGAGCUCGCCAAGAGUGUUUUCCUCCAGAUCCUGGAUGCUGUGGAGCAUUGCCACCGGUUGGGGAUCUACCAUCGGGACUUGAAGCCGGAAAAUAUCCUCGUCUCUGACCAUGGCGAGACUGUGAAGCUGGCAGACUUUGGCUUGGCAACCUCAUCAGACCGGUCCGAGGACUAUGGAUGCGGAUCGACCUUUUACAUGUCGCCAGAAUGCCUGGACCACUCCUCUAGGAAACCCUUUUACUACUGUGCCCCAAAUGAUGUUUGGAGCCUUGGAGUCAUCCUGGUGAACCUCACCUGUGGACGCAACCCAUGGAAGCAAGCAUCCUUUGAGGACUCCACUUAUCGGGCCUACACCAAGAGCCAGGGUUUUUUGAAGACAAUUCUUCCCGUGUCGGAUGAACUGAACGACAUUCUGGGGAGUAUUUUUACCCGGAACCCGGACCAGAGAAUCACCCUGCCCGAGCUGCGGGCCCGGAUUCUCGCGUGCUCCCGGUUCACCGAACAAGCUGGACCUCUGCUGCCCACGCCACCCGCAUCGCCGGAGCACUCACCCAUAUACGUUGACUGCGAGGAGUCGAUCAUCGACGACGAGGACGAGGACGACGACGAGUACGACUACUCUGUGCCCCUGUCCCCUGCAUCUUCCGGCUCCAUGUCGGAUGGUGUAUCAACCUGCUCGUCGGACGCCGGAUCCAUCUCCUCGACCUGUUCCAGCAUUGAGGAUCUGGAAGAGGACGAUUUAAUUGAUGAUCUCCCAGAGGCCAAGACACCCCCACCGCCGCCAUUACUUGGGGAUCCGGCAAUAUACGAGGCAGAGGAGCCGAGGACUAUGGUAUACUCGCAGGAGUACCUGCAUCCAUAUCCUGCUGUUGUCCCGGAACCGGCCCAGCCAAUGUCUGUUCCAACCCAACCCGCUUGUGGACCCAGGUUUCAGCUUCCCCAAUAUGUUUGGGACAUGUUCAAAUAUGGGCAGGCAUCAGGACCACAACUUCACCACCCGGUUCCGUUCCAUCAUCAGGUCCCUAUAUUCGCUCACUGCUACUGA